UUUCCCUCCAAUUCUAUCCAAGAAAAACAGUAACAGAACGUGUAGGAAAAACCCAUUACAAAGAUACCAAAACAGACUCUUUUUCAAGACCAAUUUGUUAGUUUCUUCUCCAUGCAUUCUGCUCACCUCCUCACCCAGGAGGGAUGGAGAUCAUAGGAAAGAAACCAAGAAACUUGCCCACAUCCAAUCUCUUUCUAUCCUCCUUUCCAUCACCUUUUCCAUCGUCGAUGGCUACUCUCCUGGUCCUUAUCUACGCCUUUUUUACCGCCUCUACCACCGCCUUUUCAGCCUUCGCUCCCUUCGUUCCCCAGGACAACUUCCUCAUUGACUCCGGCGCCGAUAAAUUAGCCUCCCUUCCUGAUGGAAGAGUGUUCAGAACCGAAGAGCAAUCCAAGCAAUUCUUAGAAGCCAAGGAUGAAAUCAAGGUUUCAGUGGAGAAGGCCGAUGUUCCUUCGCCCAUUUACUUAUCGGCAAGAAUCUUUGUCCAAGAAGCCAUUUACUCCUUCCCCUUGUCUCGGCCCGGCUGGCAUUGGGUUCGCCUCCAUUUCUAUCCCUUUCAAAACGACCAAUUCGACCUCAGGACUGCCACGUUCUCGGUCAGCACCGAUAAAUACGUGCUUCUCCACAGCUUUAAUAUGAACAACAGCUCAAAACACGUCCUCAAGGAGUUCCUUCUCAACUUGACCGAGCCACAUUUAUCGAUCAAGUUCGUGCCCAUGAAGAAUUCCGCUGCUUUCAUUAACGCCAUUGAGGUGGUUGCGGCACCCGAUGAGCUGAUCACCGAUGUCGCCAACGAGCUUUCGCCUGUCGGCGAAGUUUCGGGGCUAUCCACAUACGCUUACCAAACCAUGUACCGGCUUAAUAUGGGAGGACCCCUCAUCACCUCCGGAAACGAUACUCUCGGGAGGACUUGGCAGCCCGAUGAGUCGUACCUUAAGUCCAGAAACCUGGCAAAGAGCGUCUCCGUUUCGACCACCAUAGUCAAGUACCCCGAGGGAGUGACGCCCUUGAUCGGGCCACAAACGAUGUAUGCUUCCGCUGUUGAAAUGGCUGAUGCCAAGGUCGGUCAGCCUAAUUUCAACGUGACAUGGAACUUUGAGGCAGACCCGGGUUUUGGGUACCUAAUUCGGCUUCAUUUUUGUGACAUCGUGAGCAAAGCGCUCAAUAACCUCUAUUUCGACGUCUACAUUAAUGGGGAAAUGGCGAUAUCUGAUUUGGAUUUGUCACACAACUUGAAUGGUUUGGCAAUGGCUUACUAUAAGGAUAUUGUGGUUAAUGCUUCCUUGAUGUCUAACGGACUAACUGUCCAAAUUGGUCCUUCUAAAUUGGGUUCCGGUGAUUUGAACGCCAUUUUGAACGGUCUAGAGAUCUUGAAAAUCAGCAGUUCGGUGAACAGUCUUGACGGAGAAUUCGGAGUUGAUGGAAGCAUGGCUGCUGACGGGAGCAACCGCAGUAAGGUUGCUGCAGUCGGGUUUGCGAUGAUGUUCGGAGCCUUCAUUGGUCUUGGUGCAAUGGUAAUGAAAUGGCACAAGAGGCCUCCGGACUGGCAGAAGAGAAACAGCUUCUCUUCAUGGUUGCUCCCUCUUCAUGCUAGUGACACGAGCUUCAUGACAAGCAAGAACUCUUUGGGGUCUCACAAGAGCAACUUUUACUCCUCAACUAUGGGAUUAGGCCGGUACUUCUCAUUCACGGAAUUGCAGGAGGCAACCAAGAAUUUCGAUUCCAAUGCAGUAAUUGGCGUUGGUGGAUUUGGAAAUGUGUAUCUCGGGGAGAUCGACGAUGGGACAAAAGUGGCAGUCAAGCGAGGGAACCCUCAGUCGGAACAGGGCAUUACAGAGUUCCAGACAGAGAUUCAAAUGUUGUCGAAGCUACGACACAGACAUUUGGUCUCCCUGAUCGGAUACUGCGACGAAAACUCGGAAAUGAUAUUGGUUUACGAGUACAUGUCCAAUGGUCCUUUCAGGGAUCAUUUGUACGGCAAGGAUUUGCCCCCAUUGUCAUGGAAGCAGAGGCUGGAGAUCUGUAUAGGCGCGGCUCGAGGGCUUCACUACCUUCACACUGGCACUGCACAGGGCAUUAUUCACCGUGAUGUUAAGACCACUAACAUUUUGCUGGAUGAAAACUUCACCGCCAAGGUUGCCGAUUUUGGGCUCUCAAAGGAUACUCCAAUGGGGCAAGGUCAUGUGAGUACUGCAGUGAAAGGAAGCUUCGGGUACUUGGAUCCUGAGUACUUCAGGAGGCAACAAUUGACAGAUAAAUCAGACGUGUACUCAUUCGGGGUGGUUUUGCUUGAGGUGCUCUGCGCAAGGCCCGCCAUUAACCCAGCGCUCCCUAGGGAGCAAGUUAACUUGGCUGACUGGGCUAUGCAAUGGAAGAGAAAAGGCUUGAUUGACAAGAUCAUUGACCCCUUACUCGUUGGUUCCAUUAAUCCUGAAUCCAUGAAGAAGUUUGCCGAGGCUUCAGAGAAGUGCUUGGCUGAAUAUGGGGUGGACAGGCCGACAAUGGGAGAUGUGCUUUGGAACUUGGAGUUCGCUCUGCAGCUUCAAGAGACUUUUUCGCAAGGAAAUGCUGAAGAUGAUAAAAGCAAAAGCAAUUCCUCUGCCAUUGUUUCCACCUCUCCUGCUGUUGUGACAUCAUCCACCACUGCUUCCAACUCUGAUAGCCUUCUAGUCACUAAUCCGGAAGAGCAUGAGAGUCCAGCCCAAGCUCAGGCCAUGAAUGAGCAUUCAGGAACAACAAUGUUUUCCCAGUUUGCUAAUCUCAAUGGUAGAUGAUGAUCAUUGAAACAUUGAGUGCUGGUCUAUAUCAGUACAAGUUUAAGCAUCUGGUGCAUGGAAUUUCAAUGCUGUUCUGAUCCGCUCUGUGCGCACGCUUCUCUCCUGAAAAUGAUCUGCAAUGCUCAAUGAAAUGAUUGUUCAUCCACCUGGCUUUUGAGUUUCCAAAUACCAUAUGAUUCAUGUAUUCAGUAUAGGAAAGGAUGCAUGCAUGCACAGAUGCUCUCCUAGUAAUCUUAUACAUUAUCAAUAUUAUAUAUUAGAGCAUCAUGUUUUUUUUGUACCAUGCAAGUUAGAGAUUGAAUUUGUAAAAAAAGUUCAAAGGAUAGUGAUUCUUUUUUUUUAAUAUUAUUAUUGCGUGUAAAUUGGUUUUUUAUUUCUUGUUA